GGGGAGUCCAGCCCUGCAUCCUGGCCACAAGCUGCCUCUUGUGGGAGCCCUGACAGGUCCCCCAUGGCCUGGCAGACAGUCAUUUCCAUUGAGGGCCAGGUCAGGGGGUUCAGCCAGAAGGGCAGAAGGACACAGCCUAGCAGUCUGGACAGAGGUUGCAUCAGCCUGAAUAGUGCCUGGGGGCAGGGGGCCCUGCUGGGAGGGCAAAGGCUGGCUCGCUUGUCCAAAGACCAAGGAAGCAGAGCCCUGACCACAGGAACGCAAGGCCAGAAAGCAGGGCCCUUGCUGGCCUCCUCGUGCCUGGGUGCUGACUUGCUGUUGGACGCUGAGCAGGCAGCCUGCUCUUGAUGAGCCUCAGUCUUCCCAUCUGUACAAUGAGGGCGCUGAACUAGGUUGAUCCCAGCUCCAGCGGCCCACCCUCAGGCCCCUGCUCCUCCUGCUUCCCCGGCCCUGGCUGUGGGUGGCCACAUGCAGUCGUGCAGAAGGAAGUCCCUUUGGCUGGCACUGUUGGCCUCCUGGCUCCUCGGCCUCCUGGGAAUCUUACCCCUUCUCCGCCUGGCGGUACCCACCGGACCUCGGGCGGGGGCCCCCCAAGGCUGGCCCCGCUGGCUAGAUGCAGAGCUCCUGCAGAGUUUCUUGCAGCCUGGGGAGCUCCCAGAAGAUGCCCCUCAACUUCGUCGAGCCCCCCGGGGUGGCAGCUGCGACUGGGGAGCUUGCUUUGAUACCUCGAAGUGCAGGAGUGGUGGCUUCAAGGUGUUCGUGUACCCAAUGGCUGAACCCAUCUCUGAGAUGCAGCACAAGAUCCUGGCUUCCAUCGAGGGAUCCCGCUACCACACAGUCAGCCCUACCGAGGCCUGCCUCCACCUCCUCAGCCUGGAGGCCCCAGCUGGAGCAUGCAGCCUGGUGCCCCCGAAAUGGAACGGGGGCAAGAACCAUCUGGUCCUGCGGCUCCACCCGGCCUCCUGCUCUGGGACCUUCCAGCUGGGACGGGUAAUGGUGGCCGAGGCCAGCCCCACAGUGGACACCUUCCGGCCUGGCUUCGACGUGGCCCUCCCGCUUCUCCCUGAAGCCCACCCGGUUCGAGGUGGAGCUCCUGGCCAGCUGCGGCAGCACAGCCCCCACCCCGGGGCGGCGCUGCUGGCCCUGGCGGAGGAGCGGGGCGGCUGGCGCGUGGCAGGCACCGACUCCUCGGCCUGCCCCUGGGAUGGGCACUGUGAGCAGGACCAUGGACCGGAGCAGACUCACCCUGGGGCAGCGCUGCCCAAUGCCACCUUCUGCCUCAUCCCCGGCCGCCGUGCUGAUGCCUUGCGCUUCCUCCAAGCCCUGCAGGCUGGCUGCAUCCCUGUGCUUCUCAGCCCUCGCUGGGAGCUGCCCUUCUCCGAGGUUAUCGACUGGACCAAGGCGGCCAUUGUAGCAGACGAGAGGCUCCCACUGCAGGUGCUGGCUGCCCUCCAGGAGAUGCCCCCCACGCGGGUCCUCACCCUGCGUCAGCAGACCCAGUUUCUGUGGGACACCUACUUCUCCUCAGUGGAGAAGGUCAUCCGUACCACCCUCGAGAUCAUUCAGGACCGGAUCCUCGGAGCAUCCGCUCACCCAUCGCUGUUGUGGAACAGCGCCCCAGGGGCACUCCUGGCCCUGCCCACGUUCUCCACGAGUCCCCUGGACUUCCCCUUCUAUUACCUACAGCAGGGCUCUCGCCCUGCAGGCAGGUUCAGCGCCCUCAUCUGGGUGGGGGCCACAGGCCAGCCCCCCCUGAAGCUCAUCCAGGCAGUGGCAGGCUCCCAGCACUGUGCCCAGAUCUUGGUUCUCUGGAGCAAUGACAAGCCACCCCCACCCAGUUGGCCUGAGACAGCAGUGCCCUUGCUAGUCAUCGAGGGGCACAGGAAGGUCAGUGCCCGCUUCUUCCCGCACAGCGCCAUCAGCACCGAUGCCAUCCUCAGCCUGGACGCCCACAGCAGCCUUUCCACCAGCGAGGUGGACUUUGCUUUCGUGGUGUGGCAGAGCUUCCCGGAGCGGAUGGUGGGCUUUCUGACAUGGAGCCACUUCUGGGAUGAGGCCCAGGGGCGCUGGGGCUAUACCGCUGAGCGGGUCAACGAAUUCUCCAUGGUCCUCACCUCGGCGGCCUUCUACCACAGGUACUACCACACCCUCUUCACCCACUCCCUGCCCAAGGCUCUGAGGCGCCUGGCGGAGGCCGCACCCCCCUGUGUGGACGUCCUGAUGAACUUCCUGGUAGCAGCAGCCACCAAGCUGCCCCCCAUCAAGGUGCCCUCUGGGAGGCGGCACGAGGACGCCAGCCCACCGCGGGUGCCUGGGGACCUGGAGCCCGCAGCCCGGGACUGCAUCGACCGGGUGGCGGCGGGGUUCGGCCACAUGCCCCUGGUGUCCUCUCGCCUCCGUCUGGACCCAGUGCUCUUUAAGGACCCGGUGUCGGUGCUGCGCAAGAAGUACCGGGGCCUGGAGAAGCCCUAA